AAAAUAUGCAAUGAGCUCAUCCCUGCUGUGUCCUGCUGUGACUGUACUGCUGGAAGGGAGUCCACACAUGUUUUUGACUGGCACAAACUUUUCGCCCUGUCAUGUUUUCACUACGGUUCUCCCGUGACAAUAAACCAGGUAUUGGAGUCCCAUAUAACUAUUUGAGGUGAAUGCAAGGAUUUAUUAGUUUAUCAGGUUGAAGAGGUCGAAUGAUAACAAAAAAUAUAUAUUUUUGUGAUUUGGUUUGGCUACUUCUGCACACAAAAAAAUUACGGUGGCGCUUCAACUCCAAGACGCGCUGUGCGUUCCUCUUCCAAAGAUCAACAUGAUGUCUGCCAUUGACACGGGUACCUCUGUGUACCAACGAGCAAAACUACUGAACUGGCUUUACACGUCGCUACAUGACACGCAACAGACCAAUACCUUCGAUGCGUUCCGAACGGAAUCGGAGAGUUCUCCACGCGACCGGAACAACAAACAGCGGUCCGAGGCUGCUGUCGACCUGAGCACUGCGCUCAACUCUAACUAUCUCAUCAACUUCGUGCAACUUCAGAGGAAUGAGGCCUUAAACAGCAACUUGUAUAAAAGCUCCUCGCUCAACAACAUCAUAGACGGCCUGAGUUCUCUGACAGACCACUUCUCUGACCUCUCCAUCUCCUCUGAGCCACGCAAAUCCAGCAAGCGACCUCCGCCCAACUACCUGUGCCAUCUCUGCUUCAACAAAGGACACUACAUCAAACACUGUCCUCAGGCUCGGCCUAAAGGGGAAGGCCUGACCCCAUAUCAGGGCAAGAAGAGAUGUUUCGGGGAAUACAAGUGCCCUAAAUGCAAGAGGAAGUGGAUGAGCGGAAACUCCUGGGCCAACAUGGGACAAGAAUGCAUCAAGUGCCACAUCAACGUUUACCCUCAGAAGCAGAGACCUCUGGAGAAACCUGAUGGGUUAGAUGUUUCAGACCAGAGCAAGGAGCACCCACAGCACCUGUGUGAAAAAUGCAAGGUCCUCGGCUACUACUGUCGUCGCGUGCAAUAAUAACCUGUCGUUAUCUGGCCGCAAGUUCAUGGAGUUGCCCUCUAGACACUGAUCUUGGGUCAGUUUAGUAUUUUCUCCACCAAUGGUUAAGGUCAGGUCUGGGGGAGGGGAAGCUGUACCUAGAGUAAACUUCACCCUGGAGCCAAGUUCACUUCCCUGACCUUGAGUUCACUUAAACCUCCAGUGGUUUAUGAAGAGGCAAAACUCAUCUAAAUCUGAAUCUCAUCCCUGGAUUCCAAAGGCGUGUUGUCGACAAGCGCAUAGCCUUUAACUGUUCAGAGUCAUUUACGCUCGAGUCGACAUCCACACCGUUUACCGUGAAUAAGAACUCUGAGAAUGUCAGGGAGAGAAAUCGCCUUUUUUAAAAAGGGGCAUUUUCAGCAGUGCGACACAGUAACACUGGCUGACAACCCACACUUGAUUGGAUCCCGGCCCAAGUGAAGUGAAUUAGGUUGGUGUUAGGUCAUAGUAAUAAUAACAAUAAUAUAUAAUAAUAAAAUAAAAUAAUAUCAACUCAGAGAGGGAUUCUGAAGACGUUAUUUCCUGUUUAUGUAUUCAUUAGUCUAACAUAUUUCAUCGAGUCAUUUACUAGUUAUGUUUUUACAUUGUGAAAUGUUAUCAGCACGAGGAUUAAAUAUCGUGUCACCUUUUUCAUAAAUCCUCCGAGACUGCUGUGGAUCAAACCUUGGAAUCAGUAGCUUUUUGAGAGCAGGGCCAAUAGUUUACAUUUUAAUCUGAUGCGGUAUGCUUAUACAGCACCAGUCAACAGUUUGGACACACCGACUCAUUACAGGGUUUUUCUUUAUUAUUUUCUACAUUGU